AUGGGGUCGUAUUCUUCGCUAGGUUAUCUGAGCAUCUAGUGUGGACACCUUUCCAUACUGAGCACCAGUGAAAUAAAUAGACCAUCAGCAGCUAUGCUUAUCUGACAUUGACUAGAGUGCCAGACAGGCAAACUCCAGCAGAUGAGGAGGAUGAUGAGGAAGCUACUUCGAUAGUACUAGAUGGUUUGGGAAUGAUGGACGUCCCCAAUGGCCAGCCCAGUUUAACCGCUACUGCAUCAGAGAGGAGCAGCAGCUCUGAGUCACUGAGUGAGAAGGGCUCAUCUGAGCUCAAGAAGAGUUUUGAUGCAGUUGUCUUUGAUGUGUUGAAGGUCACGCCAGAGGAAUAUGCAGGUCAGAUCACUCUUAUGGAUGCGCCAGUGUUCAGAGCCAUCCAGCCUGAGGAGCUUGCAAGUUGUGGCUGGAACAAGAAAGAGAAGCACAGCUCAGCACCCAAUGCUGUGGCCUUCACACGCCGAUUCAACCAGGUGAGUUUCUGGGUGGUGCGGGAGAUUCUUCAUGCCCAAACUCUGAAGAUCAGAGCUGAGGUUUUAAGUCUCUACAUCAGAACAGCCAAGAAACUUUGUGAUAUGAAUAACCUUCAUGCAGUGAUGGCAGUGGUGUCAGCUCUACAGAGCGCUCCCAUCUUCAGACUCAACAAGACGUGGGCUCUGCUGAGUCGUAAGGACAAGGCUACGUUUGAGAGGCUGGAGUAUCUGAUGUCUAAGGAGGAUAACUACAAGAGACUGAGAGACUACAUCAGCAGCCAGAGCAUGACCUCCUGCAUACCGUAUCUCGGUAUGUACUUGUCUGAUCUGACCUACAUAGACUCAGCAUACCCCUCCACUGGCAGCAUUCUGGAAAAUGAGCAGCGCUCCAAUCUAAUGAACAACAUACUGAGAAUAAUCUCAGACCUGCAAAGAUCCUGUGAUUACGAAAUACCAGAAUUGCCUCAUGUCCAGAACUAUCUGAACUCAGUUCACUACAUUGAGGAGUUGCAGAAGUUUGUGGAGGAUGACAACUACAAGUUGUCUUUAAAGAUUGAGCCAGCCACCAGCACACCCCGUGCAACUGCCUCUAGAGAGGACCUUGUAGGACCUGAUGCCUCUGGCUCUCCGUUAUGUGGUCGCCGUGGUAAUGUAGCUGAGGGUGCCCUUCCUAAAGUCCCGCCUACUCCACCCUCCCCUCGCAACCUCCUCCCGUACGGGCACAGGAAGUGUCACAGCCUAGGCUACAAUUUCAUUCAUAAGAUGAAUACAGUGGAGUUUAAGAGUGCAACGUUCCCCAACGCUGGAUCCAGACACCUGCUAGAUGACAGUGUGCUGGAGAGCCACACUCCCACACGGGGACAGGCUGAGAGCUCCACACUGUCCAGCGGCAUAUCAUUGGGAAGCAGUGAAGGCUCUGAACUCAGUGAAGAGAUGUCUUGGCCUGCAUUUGAGAGGACGCGUUUCUACCACUCUCUGGGCCCAGUCACGCGAGUAGGCCGCAUCUCGUACAGAGGAGGCCUCAGGCCCAGCAGCUCAGCGGAAUCUGAGGAGCUGGCGGUGCACCUCUACCCCGGCGCCGUGACCGUCCAGGGAGUGUUACGCAGGAAGACCCUCCUCAAGGAGGGCAAGAAACCCACAGUGGCUUCUUGGACUAAGUACUGGGUAGCCCUGUGUGGUACUCAGUUGUACUAUUAUACUGCUAAGUCUCUCAAAGCCACUGAGAGGAAGCAUUUCAAGUCCACAGCCAGUAAGUGUGUAUCCGUGGUGGGCUUGAUGGCUAUGAUGGCAGACGAUCCGGAGCAUCCUGAUGUCUUCCUGCUGACAGACUCUGAGCAUGGAAACUCUUAUAAGUUCCAGGCAGGGAACAGAAUGAAUGCUCUGCUCUGGUUUAAACACCUGAGCGCAGCAUGUCAAAGCAACAAACAACAGGUCCCAGCAAAUCUAAUGUCCUUUGAAUAAAAGGUCAGAUGGCGGGUGCUAGAAGAAAGGAGAGAAGAGUUUGAGGAGUGGGCGGGGGAGAGAGGAGCACUUUUUAUGGUAGCUUUUCCACUGCCACCACCCAGCCUGAGGCUCACAGCAAACCCCACCACCACUGCCUUAGAGAGAGAGAGAGAGAGAGAUGGGGAGAGAGAGAGCGAGCAUGUUUCCUUUUUCUCCUCUGUCCUUUCUCUCUUGCUUUUCUCUGUUUUUUGCUGCUCCCUUGACCACCAGACCCUGUCGCCCUACCAAAGUGAGGAACUGCAUCCCUUCCCUGGAACUGAUCUCACAGCACUCCAUUGUUAGUGAAGCCUGUGCUCUGCUUGGACACUUGGACCUUAACCCCAAAAACACUCCCUCACUUUCUUUUUAAAAAUGCAUUUUUCAAAUCCUUUCCUUUCUCCUCUUGGCUUAACUCCAGUGGAGGAAGACACAGCCAAGCCCAGGCAGGGCCCACCAUAUGGGGGCAAACAGCUGUAUUGUUCCCCCACCUCACACUACCAGGACGCAGCAGGACCUCCUCUUCUCACCAAGCCAUCUGCCAAGGAGACAAACGGGGUUGUCGCUCUUCUACAAAACCAUUGCACUCUAACUCACCCACCAACGCACUCAUACAAGAUGUUGAUUGUCUUUUCACACACUUGAGUUGGCCUAAAGCAAGAUCCAAGAUUUUCCACAUGCAGGUUUAAAUAUAGGGAGUAGAAGUGUCUCCCUUGUGAAAACAACUGCAACACAAACACAACCCCAAAAAAGGGCUUCGAUACUCAAAGAAUUCUAAAUGAAAUGCAUCCCCAACACUCUUCUUAAGUCUGCUUCACUUUUUUUUCUUCUCCAAAUUUCUUAUGUAUUUGUGGAAAUGAUACCUGCACAGAUGCACGCAUGCACACAGAGUAGCACAUGUUGUCAUACAUGCACAGUGUGUUGUAAGAAUCUUUAUUUCACUGAGGUCAGAGUUGCCCAAGCUAUCUGUCUGAUCCAUCAGUGAGAGAAAUGAUCUAUGCGAGGUGUAAGGCAGCAACAGAUUAAAAACGGAGAGAAUAAGUGGGAGGAUGAGUUCGUGUUGAAGCAUUGCAUUCAGAUGCCUUGCACUUAAGCAUGGAAACACAGUGCCGUGUGUGCUGAGGCUUCCACACACGCACUAUGCUCCAUGCAGGGCAGUGAGCAUACGAGGCGAGUGUUCCACAGCAGGGCCUCCUCAUGGUACGACUCAGGCUGACCAGGCCUCUAAACAGGCUCAUAUGUACAGACUAAUAUCUCUCGCUGUCUCGCCCUGUUUUUCUUUGCCUGUCUUUCUCCCACUUUCUCUCCCUCUCUCAUUUUUUGAGUCCAAAUACAGUGGGAAAAUGCCUAACAGGACAUGUACACAAACAUUUAAACAUUUUCAUAGUCAACUUGAAAGCUGUGAACGUUGGUUGCAUUUUUGCCUGUAAUGUCAAGCAGUUUAUCAUUCUUUUCUUACAACGGUAGUUUAUCAUAUUAGAUAGGUUUACUGUUUUAGACUGUUAUAUGUGGGUGUUGGUGUGAGUGUAUGUCUAUCAAUAACUGACAGAAUUCACAGUCCAAACUAUGCUGUCAGGGAGCCAUUGGUCCUUUUUUGCUGUGUUUAUUUUAUUUUCAGUAUUACUCCUGUAGAUUACAUUGCACAGGUCAAGGUUGUUUUAAUUGUCUGUUACAUUUAAUUUAGCCUUUCUGUUUUAUUUCUUGAAAACAAUGUGUUUUAAUGUGUUUCAUGUUUUUGGUCGUUUUUGCCUUCUGUAAAUCUAACCAAAUGGGAGUUUACUAUUACAGCACAGGGCUACACUCCAUUUUGUGUUUAACAAAGGUUAGACUGUGAGAAAGUGCUGUAUGAUUUUUAAAUGAUAACAUUAUUAUGCAUUUCAGACUACUGUGUAAUAUCAAUAGAGGAGGCUGUCUGAUGGGAGGCUUCUCUCAUGCAGUCUAGUUUUACAUGCGUGUCCAUGUUCACUCUAGUCAUCCGCUUCAGUUGGGAGCAAGAGUUAUAAGCUCAGAACAAAUUAAAAGCAGUCCAGAAGAGGGGAGGUGACAUGGAUGGUAGCCACACCUCCUUCUUUUGUGGUGUUUGUUUACUUGUUUUUGUUUGUUUGUUUUGGUUCUCUUUGCCGAUGCUUCACUCUGUCCUCCAGUCACCCUUCCACGUCCCCGGCUGACGUCUUUCUUUGAAGCUCUGGGUCUUGUCAAGCCUGGGCAACUUGGUUCAUGUUCUUUAGGAGAUGAUUCAGCUGGCAGAACAACCAAACCCAUGCUGACUAAUUGGGUCUAUUUUGAUCCUCUCCUGAAACUCCUGGAAAAAAAUAAAGAAUUGAAAGUA